AUGCCCAUUUUGAACAAGUUCAACGAGCAAGGUACCCGACUGGGCCGCCGAAGACUUGGAUGGCAAGUAUCCUCGUUGAAAUCAGACUUAUCACCUAACAUCUCUCUAGCCGAUGAGCUCCCCCCCACCACCGAAACCGUUGAUGCCGACGGUAUCACCACUAUCAUCAGCUGGAAACUCAAUGAGGACGACAAGAAGGUCAAGGUGACCAGGAGAGUCAGAAGACGGUUGCAGGUCUCGACCGUGUCGGAGACGGUCGCGCAGAGGAAGCAGUUGCCCAAGUUUGGUCUCGAAAAGGGAAAGCCCUCCGGUCCCGACAGGAAGACGACAAUCAUUGGCGAGAACCUCCAUUUCAAGAUUGCCCCCAUCGGCAAGAUCCAGGCCCAGGCUGAGCCCGAGCCCGAAACCACCAAGGCGCCUACCGGAAAGGUUGUCGUGUGUCGACUUUGUAGCGGUCAGCAUUACACCGCCCGUUGUCCGUUCAGGGAAGAGCUUGCUGCUAUCGACAGUCUCAACGCUCAGGAUGGAGAGGAGGCGGAGCCCGAGCCCAGUGGUGCUUUGGCUGCUAGGGGUGCGGGUCUUACUGGCAGCAAAUACGUGCCCCCAUCCCAGCGAGCUGGCGCUACUGGUACCGGCGAAACCAUGUUCCGAUCUCGAGACGACCUCCCCACCCUCCGUAUCACCUCUCUUUCACAGGAAGCCUCCGAAGACGACGUCAGGGCUCUUUUCCAGCGCUUCGGUACCUUGGGGCGUGUCAACAUCGUCAGGGAUCGUAUCACCAAGGAGAGCAAGGGUUUGGCAUUUGUCAGCUUCGAGAGCAAGAAGGAUGCGGAGACUGCCAUGGCCAAGAUGCACGGUUUCGGUUACGACUCUUUGAUUCUCGAGGUCGCUUGGUCACAACCUCGUGGGGAGAGGCCUUAG